AUGGCUCAGAAGUACUAUGAGAGAGUUGUCGAUGAUGAUGAUGAUGAUGAUGAUGAUGAUGAUGAUGAUGAUGAUGAUGAUGAUGAUGAUGAUGAUGAUGAUGAUGAUGAUGAUGAUGAUGAUGAUGAUGAUGAUGAUGAUGAUGAUGAUGAUGAUGAUGAUGAUGAUGAUGAUGAUGAUGAUGAUGAUGAUGAUGAUGAUGAUGAUGAUGAUGAUGAUGAUGAUGAUGAUGAUGAUGAUGAUGAUGAUGAUGAUGAUGAUGAUGAUGAUGAUGAUGAUGAUGAUGAUGAUGAUGAUGAUGAUGAUGAUGAUGAUGAUGAUGAUGAUGAUGAUGAUGAUGAUGAUGAUGAUGAUGAUGAUGAUGAUGAUGAUGAUGAUGAUGAUGAUGAUGAUGAUGAUGAUGAUGAUGAUGAUGAUGAUGAUGAUGAUGAUGAUGAUGAUGAUGAUGAUGAUGAUGAUGAUGAUGAUGAUGAUGAUGAUGAUGAUGAUGAUGAUGAUGAUGAUGAUGAUGAUGAUGAUGAUGAUGAUGAUGAUGAUGAUGAUGAUGAUGAUGAUGAUGAUGAUGAUGAUGAUGAUGAUGAUGAUGAUGAUGAUGAUGAUGAUGAUGAUGAUGAUGAUGAUGAUGAUGAUGAUGAUGAUGAUGAUGAUGAUGAUGAUGAUGAUGAUGAUGAUGAUGAUGAUGAUGAUGAUGAUGAUGAUGAUGAUGAUGAUGAUGAUGAUGAUGAUGAUGAUGAUGAUGAUGAUGAUGAUGAUGAUGAUGAUGAUGAUGAUGAUGAUGAUGAUGAUGAUGAUGAUGAUGAUGAUGAUGAUGAUGAUGAUGAUGAUGAUGAUGAUGAUGAUGAUGAUGAUGAUGAUGAUGAUGAUGAUGAUGAUGAUGAUCAUAUUUAUAAAGGUUGGACCAAUCUCUUGGUCCAUUCUUCUCCCAAGAAAAAAAACUUCUUGAAAAUUUCACUAGUAAAAUAUUUUUAG